CACCGACGUAUGAUCUAAGUUAAUAAGCUACGGCGGAUCCUACACAGAUUCAAUUUUCAUCCUCCGCACAUCCUCUUCCCAAUAUUUAACAUCCUCGCGAUUCCAGGUGUCUUCAUGUAUCAUCACACGCAAACGUGCCACCAAUGAACUUUACGGACUGCAACUCAAGGUGAAGCGCAACUCAACGAAUCAUCUACCGCGCUCGCGUUUGCCGCGUUCUGGCCCCCAUAACACAGCAAAGACAGUUUACUAAGAUAAGCAUCUAUACCAGGCCAGACGGGAUGAUGGCUGGUGACGGGAAAUUGCGUCCUUGCGAAUGCGUGUGUCCAUUUUGCUUUCUCCCCCAUUCCUUUCACGUUUUGUUCAGCUUUGCAACCCUGGCCGAGUCUGUUGACCGGUGAAAGAAAGCUUAAAUUUGUUCUUUCACCGCAGUUUUCUCUCUAGCAACACUCCUUUCGCAGCAUCUACUGUCUUCUUCAAGAGCACGGCUACGUUCGAAAUACGUCGCCGAUGCCGCCAAAUUCUGUACAGAACCAAUUCAUACCGUACUUCAUCUCGUAGCAUAGUCCUUCGCACACGAAGAGCCGCGCAUUCGUAUCAUCUCAAAUCGCAGAAUAUCGACAACUUCCUCCAGUACAUUCUACUCUCAGCGCUCAGUCUAAGAUGGAUCUGCCCGAGCCUGUACUGAACCCUUCUCCGCCUCCUAAUCUAGAAUCUUCAUCUGGACCGAAGCACGACGAGUUUUACAAGUAUUGGGAUCGUUUUAUAAGUGUAAAGGAGAAGACGAAAAAGAGUAAGUCCAGAACGUCUUUGAUGGUCACCAACUCUGCCACAACGAAUGCGAAAAGUGAACAUCCAAGUGGCACUUUCACAACUGCCCGCACAUCAAACGUCGACUCGCAAGUGUACAAUGACGGCAGGAGGCAAGGUACUAGUCUUGAGAAAGACGUCGAAGGUCGUCCAGGUCAUCCUAUGGUGCGAAGUAAUACUGAAGGCGUGAUCUCAAGGCAAAGAGCAACGACGUCGUACGAGGAGGCGGUCGCAAGCUGCCGUGCAAAGGUUGACGCUAUUAGGCGCGAAUGCAGGAGACUUAACCUGAAGUAUUAUGACCGCCUUUUUGAUCUACCCGCUCAAGACACGCUUCUCUCUCUUGACUCAAAGGAAACCCCUGUCUCUGUUAAGCAGCUGGUGGGUGUUGGCAGUGUGAAGCGUGUAGAGGACAUCUAUGAGGAACCAGAAUUUUUUAUCGACGGUGCGACAGCCAAUGACAUUCGUCAGGGUACCAAUGGAGAUUGCUGGUUUUUGGCCGCUAUUACUGCUCUAUCUGGAAAGCCGGAGCUGAUCAAUCGCAUUUGCGUGGCGAGGGACGAGAAGGUUGGUGUCUAUGGGUUUGUGUUUUUUAGGGACGGCGAAUGGAUUUCGGAGGUUGUAGAUGAUCGACUCUGCCUUCGACAAUCGGAUGACUCAAAGAACUACCACACAGAAUACAUGCUGACCACAGGAGGCGAUCAAAAUCCUAUGACCACCCCGUUGACCAAUAUGGCUUACGGAGUCUCAAAACUUCCGCAGGAGUUUAGGGAGAGCUUACGAAGAGGUUCGAAUGCCCUUUAUUUUGCUAGUUGCAAGGACAGCAACGAAACAUGGCUGCCUCUGUUGGAAAAAGCUUACGCAAAAGCACAUGGGGACUAUCAAGCUAUAGAAGGCGGCUUUGCUGGUGAGGGGGUGGAAGAUUUAACUGGCGGUGUCGCCACAUAUAUCUCCAGUGAAGAUGUUUUGGACAAAGACAAGCUUUGGAACGAGUUAUUGCAGGUCAAUGAUAAAUUUCUCUUCGGCUGUGGGUCACGUCAAGGUCGAGAUUAUGACCCCGCAGAUGAUGAAGGAUUUGUCCGUGGGCACGCGUAUACCGUGUUGGAAGCACGAGAAAUUACGAAGCCGAAGAAUAUCGUCGACGAGGAGGAGCGACUGGCUAUAAAAGCAGGACGUAAAUACACUGACAAGAAGCGGAACGAAAAGGUGCGACUACUGAAGCUGCGGAACCCAUGGGGCCGACAGGAAUGGAAUGGAAAGUGGUCCGAUGGCUCAAAAGAAUGGACACCAGAUGUGAUGAAGGAGCUUCAGCACACAUUUGGUGAUGACGGCAUCUUUUGGAUCUCAUACCCAGACUUCCUCAAGUUCUACCCCGAGAUUGACCGUGUGAGGCUGAUUGGCUCGGAGUGGACAGUAACACAGCAAUGGACUGCUGUCAACGUUCCCUAUACAGCUGAGUAUCUUGACACUUCUUUUACUCUGACCAUCAAGGAGCAGGGCCCUGUGGUGCUAGUAUUGAGUCAGCCGGACAGCCGAUAUUUUCAAGGAUUGGUUGGUCGUUUCUCGUUCGAUCUGCACUUUAGGCUGUACAAAGACGGCGAAGCGACAUAUUUGCUUCGCUCAAUGGAGUCGGCUGGCUCGAACCGGAGCUGCUCCGCUGAACUAGACCUCGAGCCAGGCUUGUACACCAUUCUCGUCAAGAUCACAGCCACACGUACCGCAUCUGAUAGAACCGUAGAGGAAGUGAUCAAACAGUAUCGUGAAUCCCGACGAGAUAAAUUACUCGCUGUUGGCAAAAGUUUUGAUGCAGUCCAUUCCAAAGGCCGGUUACGUGCAUUGGAGGAGAAUGAUGCUCAGCAGGAGAAACUUGACGAAAAAGCUAAAGACAAACAACGCAAAAUUGAGGAAAGAAACCGAAAACGAAAAGAGAGGCAGCGAGAGAGGCUUAGGAGGAAGCGGAGGGAAGCAGAAGAGAAGAGGAAAAAGGAAGAGAAGAUAAAGACUGCAAAGGAGAAAAAGAAAGCAGACGAGAAGACCAAGAAGCGUCAAGGAAGUCGAAAGAAUAUCGAGACAGAGGACGCUGAAAUGGGAAGACGGGAGGAAGUGAAGGAUUUGAAUAAAGAAUCGCAGCCUGUGGAAACAAGGGUGACGCCAGAUACUCAGGAACUUGCCCAGGCUAACCUAAAGGACGCGAUCGUAGCUGACAAUGCUGCCAAAGAGGCCAUUGAUAAGCACAUCGGGAGUGUUGACACUUCAUCUCCAGCUUCCGAACUACCUACCCUAGAACUAACACAUGAGCCAUUAUUUGAUGGAAGAGAAUUAGACAAAGUUGACAAAAGCAACUGUUCUGAAGAUAAACCUGUCCAUGUGGAGACGGAGAGUGGAGCCAAGGUAGUUGAAGGUGUUCAUAUUGCCCUAACACGUGACGAAUCCAGCACAAAGGCUGAGAACCUGAAUGUUUCCAAAGCAAAUGAAGGGAAGGGCGAACCAAACAAUGAUAAGGUCGAAGGCAAUGAAGGCAUGACAGUGGACAGGACUCAUGAGUCGGCUGAUGAUGAACUCAACGAGGAGCAGGAAUCUUGUCACUCAUCAGACGAUGAGGAUCAUGUGUCGGACUGUUCAUCGGUUGCAGAUAGUGAUUUCACUUGGGAUGAUGUUGUAGACGGAUCUGGCGCAGAGAGCGACAGCGAUAUAGACGACGAUUCCGAUGACGAUGAUAUGUUCAAAGAUGAUCCAUGGCGUGCACGAUGCGUAAUCGGACUCCGAGUCUGCAGCUUGGACAAAAGCGUGGUCAUUGGAUUCAAACACGGCAAAAAUGGACCUGUGGGUCACGAGGAGGUUGAGGAUCGAGGCUAAAUAUCUCCUGUCGUAUACAAAAUCGUGUCAUUGACUGCGAUAUUGAUUUAACUGUUACUUUCUAUGUUUUAGCUAAAUGUAAGGUGGUGAUUGCAUAUUCUAGGACAUUACGUUGAUAAGUG